AGCACAGCUGCCUCUCUAAUGGGAUGCCGGUGUCAACAUAGGACGACUAGCUCAAGUUGGCAUGGUGGCGAGGAAAAGGGCAUUGCCGUGUAUCGCUUCCGCUAGUAUAAAGCCUGUGUCGCCCUACCUAUUUCCAAGUCAUGGAGCACCAUCUCGCCGUCGACGACUUCAUCCAUCACCACCUCCUCGUCGGCGACUUUGACCCCCUCCUCCUCCUCGUCGACCGGUCCCCACCGCCCAUCCCUCCUCCUUACCACGACGCCCCCCUAUACCCGACCACGACCGACGCCGCCCCGCCGUCGGGUCCGGACAUCGGACAGCCACCCGAGGGCGGGAGGCAACCGCUGCCGUCCUCGGAUGAUCUGUCCGUCGGCAGGCGGUACCGUGGCGUCCGGCAGCGGCGCUGGGGGAAGUUCACAGCGGAGAUCCGGGACCCCUGCCGCCGGGGGGCCCGGAUCUGGCUCGGGACGUUCGACUCCGCCGUCGAGGCGGCGAGGGCGUACGAUCAAGCCGCCUUCCGGAUGCGCGGUCGCAGGGCGAUCCUCAACUUCCCCAAUGACGUCGGGAGAUCCCAGCACCGUUUCCCGCUGGUGGCGGACGAUGCCAUCAGCCGCGGCGGCGGCGGCGGAGGAGGAGGAGAUGGCGCAGGUCGUCAUCCGUAGGCCGUAACUGCACGCUACAAGAAGCUAGACUGUCACUGUAGACUUCAUGUAGAAGACUUGUUACUUGUUGACGGGUUGAGUGGGAACAAGGGCAUUAUGGGUAUUGUAGGACAUUCCUCAGUUAUAUCUCAACUAAUACUCUAUAUAGCUGUGUUUGAUUUCUUUUC